AUGGCCACGGCUGGCCGCGGCAAAGACAUGAUGCAAACUUCAAACUGCCAUGAAGCUCUUCUUGUGCUAUUGAAGCGUUAUCCAGGACAGGACAACAACGUCGUUCACAGUGAGCUACCCAUGAAAGCUCUUGUGCCACAUAAUGGGUUGUAUCUAAAAGGGACGUCUACUACGAUUUUGGAGGCUGCUGAGGGUGAUGAUGUGGUUGAGUAUGGGUUUGCGAGUUGGGCGGUUGCUAGGAAGAAAGAAGACAAGCUUUGGGAGGUCGGUGAGAGGUGGUUGGGUUGA